AUGAUUUUAUCUUACAUAUAUAAUAUACUAAAAUUUAAAAAAUGGGAGUUAUUGUUUUUCGCAACAAUUCUAUUCGCUUUAAAAUGGCCUACAAUUAUUACAUUCCGCCCAAAUAUGGACCAUUUUAUAGAACUACAUAAGUGUCCAGCAUGUUUUGGUACUUCUGCUUGUAAUUAUAUCCAUGAAGUGAAUAUUACGCUUAAUGAUUUUUAUUCUGCCUUUUCAUAUUUUUUCGGAGUAAAAAAUGUGUUUUUUGGGGUUUUUAACAAAAAUAAGGUUGUAUUGAAGAAAUUGGCGCAAUCUUUUGAAUUAAAUGAAUUCGAUCGAAUGCUAUGUGAAAACAAACAUUUCUCUCAUAUUUGUACAAAGACUGCAAAAGCAGCAAACAAUAAACUUAACAUCAAUUUUUUGGAGCUCAUUGAGAAGGAAGUCAAUCUGAAUUUUUCAAAGGACAAUUUUAGUCGUUUAAGACUUUGUCCUAGUGUUCAACAUUUGAAUAAUCUCUUACAACAUGUAUAUCAUAAUAAUAAAGAUAUUGAUCCAAAGAUACUUAAUUUAAAUAUUUGGGUACUAACUGCUCUUAAUCCUGAGCCUCUUCUUCUUCAGAUACUACCUGCAGAGAGAAAUUGGCCAGUGCCAAAAUAUCUUGGUGCUUGUGGACGCAUGAUUAUUGAAGAAUAUGUUGGAUUACCAUUAGCUACUUAUUAUAAUGAGCCAUGGUUAUGUAGAGCAAAAAUAUCUUCGAGUCUUUUAGAUGCAGCUUACAUGUUUACUUAUAAGAACAAAGACUUUGGUUUCUAUUUAACUGAUAUAUCAGUUGAUAACAUAGCAGUUGAUUUAAAUAAUAAUGUAAAAUUUGUGGAUUUAGAAAAUGUGAUUAUUGUUGAUAAAAAUAUUGUACCUGCAGAAAGAUCAACAAUAUGGAAUCAAUUACAAGUAAAUACUGAGGAUUUUAGCUGUUCGGAAUGUCUGGCAUUUUCUUCUGCUGAAAUAUGUAAUCAUAAAAUCAGUGAUCAUAAUUAUUAUGCAAUAUGUAAGGUAUUACUAGCAUUAAACUUAAAUAGUAGUAUACUUCAUGGUGGCCUACUACACGAUAUACCUACAGAUAUAUUAGAAACUUAUCCGAAUAUAACUUAUCUAGUAGAACAAUGUGUUACUCCUCAAAUAUCAUUCGAUAGAAUUAAAGCUGGAAUGGAACUUAAAAAAUUGUUAGACAUUAUAUUACAAAAGUAUACAUAA